GGACGGGGCACGACGGCAGCCGGCCACGCGAAGCUGUUCCGAGCACUUAAUUUCUCCUCUACUUUUGUAUAUCCUACCUGUGCUGUCUGACUAACGUAUAGUACGCGCGCGUUUUAUUCCUCACUGAGAAAGAGAAGUAAGCAGUAACUUAUAUUACGGGAAAAAUUAAUACCUUCUUUUAAUUGCUUAUCUCCGUACUUUUGAAUCACUUUGCAAAUAAAAAAUACCGUGCAACCAAGGCUGAGUUUUAAUAAGUUUUAAUAACUGAAACCGUUAACAGUUCAGUGAAAUUUACAUUAUUUAUUUUAUAUAUUUUACAUCAGUGUUACAUUUUAUGUCGUGAUAGUGUUUUUUAUUUUUUAUUCUUUCGUGCAUUGUUACUUUUACCUGUGAUGUGAACAUUUGUGGAUUAACCGAUUUACAACCCAAGAUAGCUGCGAGUCCUCGUCACGUAAGUUUCUGGUCUCCGUGGAGAGAGGAAAGGUGAUCAAUUGCUGGAGUGUCGUCACCAGAUCUUGAUUUUCAAUAGUCUAGAGCACAACAACUGAUCGAAUUUCCUGGAACAAAAUUGAAUUUCCGGAAAGAAAAUUUUAAAAGAAGACCCGACCUGAUGCGAAUCAGUAUAAGAAUCUGUAUCAGUCCAGAAGAACUUAAAGUCACAGAAAGUCGUCACGAGUGACCUGGAUCGUAUGUAGUGUUGAAACGGCAAUCGUCUGAGUGAAAGUGUCGUGACCCGGGUGCAUGAGCCGGGGCUCACCUCUUCCUCUUCCCAUUGUACUGUUUUCUUUAUUUUGCUUUCGUUGUUAAAUCUCCUUAUUGAGAAAUGAGAAAUCAAAUUGAUGCUAAAAGUUCGCGACGGAAUUCGGAUAUUAAUUACUCGCCGAAUUUGAAGUAAUUGGUGAUCGUACGAAGACGACAGCCGCGUAAUAAUGAAAGGAACCGGGUUCCAGUUUGAAAUCUUCUUAUCAUCUGAGUUUAUCUUUGACUGUAAAGUUGGAGAGUGACAUUGUGAGUGUGUGAAAGAGUAUGACGGACUAUUUGGACCCACAUUUUGUCCGAGCGCUCUGUCGGGAUCCAGACAGAAGGACACUGCAAGAUCUUCAGAUUAUUUACUAUGGUCUUCUCGGGCUGGAAGCUUUGAGGCCGUGCAGAGAUUCUAUUCUCAGAGGACUUUGUAAAAUAGUCCGAUAUGAAAGACAUUACGCCAAUCAUGUUCUCUAUUACACUGGCGAGCUGGCGACUAGCUGGUACAUCUUGCUGUCUGGAUCAGUGUUCAUCGAUGGGUCAAUGUUCCUCCCCCGAUCAAGCUUUGGAAAGCGGACGGGUGGCAGUGCCAGAAGAUCCAACGAGUGCUUCGUUCUCGAGCCCUCUCAGAUGGUUGUCAUUGAUUAUCCGGACAACCUUGGAAGGAUGCAUAGACCUCCGCAUCCUCAUCCCAUCGCCGACCAUCGGCAGGUCAAUUUGGUCUUCGAUGAUACGUUUGCACCGGGGCUGACGAGCCGGCCGGAGCUGUACCAAAAGUCGAACAGGAGUAGCCAUUCAAGCGACACCAGCUCGGCGUACAGCGGGUCAGACACAAUGACGUCGGUCCAGGGAUCUUUGGACGCGGACAACGACGAGGUCGACUUCUCUGGCCUCGUCGAGUCGAUAGUAGACAGCGAUGAGGAGGAAGAUCUUGCUGAGAGCAUGGACAGCCUGACUGUUCGCGAUACCGUGCGUGAAUGUCUGGAAAAAGAUCCAGCAGAGCGAACCGAGGAAGAUAUUGAGAUCCUGCUAGAGUUCACGCAACAUUUAAAGGCAUUCACGAACAUGACCUUGGCCGUGAGACGUGCACUGUGUGCGGUAAUGGUAUUCGCAGUGGUGGAGAGCGCCGGGAUGAUCGUACUGACUGAUGGCGAGGAAUUAGAUAGUUGGAGUGUGCUGAUAAAUGGUGCUGUUGAAAUAGAACAUAGUAAUGGCGAUGUGGAGCAAUUACAUCUUGGUGAUAGUUUUGGAAUUUUGCCAACAAUGGAGCGAUUGCUACACCGAGGAGUUAUGCGAACAAAGUGCAAUGACUGCCAAUUUGUUUGUGUGACACAAGCUGACUAUUUUCGCAUCCAGCAUCAGGGGGAAGAAAACACGAGGCGACAUGAAGAGAACGGUCGAGUGAUUUUGGUUACCGAGCUGAGAGGCGCCUUGGACGGUGGAACAAGACGCGGUCAUGUUGUGAUUCGCGGGACACCUGAGCGACUGAUGCUCCAACUUAUUGAAGAAAACAGUAUUACAGACCCGACGUAUGUUGAGGAUUUCCUGCUGACCCACCGAACGUUUAUCGACAGCCCGCUGUUGGUUGCCGAUCAAUUGCUCGAAUGGUUUGCCCAGCCACAGGUCAAAGAUCGCGUUGCACGUGUCGUUUUGCUGUGGGUCAAUAAUCAUUUCACGGACUUUGAAACAGACCCCGCGAUGAUGGAAUUUUUAGAAGCAUUCGAGGCUGGUCUUGAGCGCGAAAAAAUGCAGGGUCAACAGAGAUUAUUAAACAUUGCAUGUGCUGCAAAAGCGCGAACGCGCAACAUAACUCUAGCGAGGCCAAACCGAGACGAAGUCCUGAAUUUCAGUAUACUUGGAGGAUACGAACGCGGAUUCGGAAUAUUCAUAUCCAAAGUAGACAAGAACUCCAAGGCCGAAGACGUAGGAUUGAAGCGCGGAGACCAAAUUCUAGAAGUAAAUGGCCAGCGCUUCGAGCACGUGAGCCACGCGAGAGCCCUAGAAAUUCUUCGUGGUUCAACGCAUCUCAGUAUUACAGUUAAAUCUAAUCUCCUGGCAUUCAAAGAAAUGCUCCAAAUGCCCGACAACUCGCCGCGACCACGUGGAAGAGUAAACAAACCCGAAAUCCCGCGAAUAUCAAGCGACCCGCGCUCCAGGCUGUCAACCCACGUGGACCCGUUGACGCCUGGAGGGCAGCUCAACCCCAUGGUCGGCGGAGUGCCCCUGCUAAUUCCCGACAACAACGGCUCGCCUUGCAAGGACUCCAAAAAAGAACACAAAGGGUUCAUGACACUGGGACCAAAAAGGCGAUUUCAAAAAGCGCUAAUGAAGAUGAACAUAUUGCCAAAGAACAUUAUCAACGACGGUAUGCAUGCUGAUGAUUCGCUGGCACCUCCUCACACGCCUCCGGGAACGGGACUCCAGAAUUCUUCGAACCUUUAUCAUUCCCGCAGUAAUCCCGAUUUAACCUCGAUAUAUUGCUAUGAUGAUUUAAGAGCGCCCGAUUAUCCCGAGCACGUACUGAAAGUCUACAAAGCUGAUCAGACUUGCAAAUAUCUUUUAGUACAUCAAGUAACGACAGCUCAUGAAGUUGUUAUGCUUGCAUUGCAAGAGUUUGGGCUGGGAACAGAGAGCAGCUCGAAUUAUUCCCUGGCAGAAGUAAGUGUCGCCGAAGGCGGAAUGAUUAAGCAGCGAAGACUGCCAGAUCAGCUGCAAAAUUUGGCAGAGAGAAUAGGCUUAAGCUCGCGCUACUACCUUAAGACCAACGGAGUUUCCGAGACGCUGGUAGCUGACGAACAGGCACCUGAAUUGAUACGAGAGUCCCAAGUACAUUUUUUACAACUAAACGCCGUAGAAGUUGCUAUUCAGUUGACACUCCAGGACUUUAGUAUUUUCCGGCAAAUAGAAUCUACAGAGUACGUGGAUGAUUUAUUUGAACUGAAGAGUCGCUAUGGGAUACCGAUGCUCAGCCAAUUCGCGGAACUAGUCAACAGAGAGAUGUUUUGGGUUGUUACGGAGGUUUGCUCUGAACACAAUCUUGUCAGACGUAGUAAAAUAAUAAAACAGUUUAUUAAAAUUGCCCGCCAGUGCAAAGAGUGUAAAAAUUUCAAUUCUAUGUUCGCGAUUAUUUCCGGUCUGGGUCAUGGAGCUGUCUCACGUUUGAGAGCCUCUUGGGAAAAAUUGCCCAGCAAGUAUCAAAGGUUGUUCAGCGAUUUGCAAGAACUGAUGGACCCCAGCAGGAAUAUGAGCAAGUAUCGCCAGCUGGUGGCUUCUGAACAAACGCAGCCGCCGAUAAUUCCUUUCUACCCCGUGGUGAAGAAAGAUUUGACGUUUAUUCAUCUGGGAAAUGAUUCUAGAGUCGAGAAUUUAGUUAACUUUGAGAAAUUGAGGAUGAUUGCUAAGGAAGUGAGGGCGCUUACGAAUAUGUGCUCGUCGCCGUAUGAUUUGCUGACGAUGUUGGAGCGUGGUGGUCAGCCUCCGAGUUCUGCUAUGGUUGCGCUUAAUCAGAUGACUACUGGGAAUCAGGGUGGUCAAACUGCGACUGUUAAGAGGAGGAAAAAGUCAGCUGCCGCGCCGAAUCCCAAAAAAAUGUUCGAAGAAGCUCAGAUGGUCAGGCGGGUCAAAGCCUACUUGGCGAAUAUGAAGGUUAUUACGGAUGAGGAACGUUUACACGCGUUGUCGGUGGAUUGUGAGCCACAUGCCGGUGCGGUUGCUGUUGCUGCGGCUGUUCCGUUGUCAGGAAGUCGGGGCAGGAGGCAUCCUUCACCCACGCUUUCUACUACUAGUAGUGCCAGUAGUACUAGUGAGGGCAGAAAAAGCAUACAAGGUACAAAAUUCGGAGCAGCAUCACCACAAGCAGUACGAAAAAUGCUAGCUCUAUCAGACCCUCACAAGACCCGACCAUACCAACCAAAGCACUGUCCCGCGCUUCCAGUCCCAGGUCUAGCUUUGCACUCGAGCGGAUUGGAACCAAGUCCAGGAGCACCUAGAAGAGUAGGUUCUGGUAGCCGAAUGCCGAUGCAUGAAAGGUCGCACAGCGAUACACCCUCUGGUUUGCCGCCUCCAGUGGAUCUUAGCGCCGAGAGCAGUAGUGUCACUAGUCUCAGUAACCUCCAACCUUUAAGAAAGACACUGACUAGUGGUUCGGUGACGAGCAGUGACAGUGGUCACAGUACACAGUUGGAUAGCCACAGCGGGAGCAGCGUCGAAGCUGGUGGGAGUCCUCCACCGCCCCAGAGACGGCAUUCAUCCAUGCAAGGUUGUACGGGAACUGGGCUUGGAUUCGGAACAGGAGUGAUGCACCAUAGCGCAGGGACAACCUCUUUUAUGAACAAUAAUUCCUCGAUGAUCCAGCGACCUGGAGUGCUCCCAGGAAGUGCUCCUGGGCAGUGUCGACAGCUUCCAGCGUACAAAGUCGCCGCUCAGAUGGCAAGAUUGCACAGGCUGGGCAGAGCCCACAGCCACGAAGGAGUCACUUAUCGCACCAACCACGAAGAUGAUGACGACGAAGCUCAAGUGUCAGCAGUGUAAAUAAAGAGCCAACACGAAGAAAAAAAAAGUCAGCAAUCAAUAGAAGAUAAAAAAUACGAGAAAAAUUCACCAGUUCCUGACCGUCCUCUGUUUGUUUGUUUAUAUUAAUUUUUUAUAUUGUAUUAAUUAUUUUCUACUAUUUAUUUUUUGUACUUUACUAGUGGUGUGAGUCAGACUAGCGAGCGGAUAGGACAUAUCUAAAACGAAUGAUUGUGAAUAGAUAAAAACAAAACAAAAAGUAUAUAUUUAAAGAAAAAAAAAUAAUGCGAAUAAAUAAAAUAAUAACCGCAUGUUAUUUAGUGCUUCCUUGUACUCCGGACCAUACACGCAUUGAUCUAUAAUAUUUCCUGUCAUGUACCCGACAAUGAUAACUGAUAAAAAUAAAUACAUAUAUAUAUA